GCAAUUAUGUUAGAGAUCACUCGGAGAUAAUCCGGUGUAAGUGGCUGAUCAGUGUUGUUAUUCGCUCAUUAACAGGUGUACAGUGGGAAGUGCAGCGCUGUAUUUCUCUGCGAGCGCGUGGGGAGGGAGUGUGCUGCACGAGCUCUUUCAACUUUAUACUGUAUAGGUCACUCUAAAUUACCCUCAUGCACAUCACUGAGCAUAAUACUGCGUUUUUCUUGUUCUUUUUUUUAUUUUAAAUAUAAAUAUGUCUAUUACUACAUGAGCUUUACAUAAUGAAAGAUUGCUGUUUAUACAAAUAAAUAAUAAAUAGUCCGUAUACUUGAGUUAUGGUUAGUCUCGUUUUAAAUGUGGUUUAUGGCUUUUAGAGUGCUUAUGUGUUGGUUUCUAUUCUACUUUCUAUUUCUUCACCUAGGGUAAAUGUAGAUGAAUGAUGUUUUGGUUAUAAACUUAGACGACAACGAUAUCUAUCCCAAAUCGGCAAGGACUCUUCAGGUGUUAGUUGGUUAAGGCGGAUAGGCAAAUGAGGCCAUGUCAGUGGGCUGUACCGCUCUCUACGUAACAGCGAGGGAAGAUCCACAGCGCGCUCAAGUCACGGCGCUCGCGACUGUUCCUCACUUUAUCCAACAACGUCGCGUAAAAACCCUCACCACUGACUGCACACCGUCUGCUGGAACAAUCUGUGAAAAGCCCAGGUCUGGGUCCUGCAUGUUGACGAACUGCACAUUUCCACCGUAAUGCUGGGCGCAGUGAAAAUGGAAGGACACGAAACUCCUGACUGGAGUAGCUAUUAUACCGAUGCACAGGAGGUCUAUUCGCCCAUGACGAACAGCAGCAUGAAUGCUGGACUGACUUCCAUGAACAGUAUGAACAGUUAUAUGAGUAUGUCCACCAGUGGGAAUAUGACCUCUAGUUCUUUUAACAUGUCCUAUGCGAACCCUGCUCUCGGCGCUGGACUAAGCCCAGGAACUAUGGCGGGGAUGCAGUCGAGCGCAAGCAGCGCAAUGAACGGAAUGGGUGGCGGGGUAUCGUCCAUGGGCACCGCGCUUAGUCCCACAAAUAUGAAUGCAAUUUCAGCUCAACACACUUCUAUGAACGCACUGAACCCUUACUCAAGCAUCAGCCCCACUAUGAGCCCCAUGACAUACGCCCAACCUAACCUUAACAGGGCGCGGGACAACAAGACAUUUAGGAGAAGUUAUCCGCACGCCAAGCCUCCAUACUCUUACAUAUCACUUAUCACUAUGGCUAUCCAGCAGUCACCCAGCAAGAUGCUCACGCUUAGUGAGAUCUAUCAGUGGAUAAUGGAUCUUUUUCCAUACUACCGUCAAAACCAACAAAGGUGGCAAAACUCCAUCAGACAUUCGCUGUCUUUCAAUGACUGCUUUGUCAAAGUGUCCAGAUCACCAGAUAAGCCGGGAAAAGGCUCAUACUGGACCCUGCACCCUGACUCUGGAAAUAUGUUUGAGAAUGGCUGUUACCUCCGCAGACAGAAGCGUUUCAAAUGUGAGAAAAAGCUUGUCGGAAGUAAAGGGCCAGAUGGAAGGAAAGAGCAGAACGGGUCAGGCUCGCCCUCAAGUGACAGCACAAACACAAAGACCGGACCUGUGGACUCCAACUCAAUAACCAGCGCAAACCAGUCAUCAAGCCCUCAGAACUUGGACCACAGAAAUGGUAGUAGCAACUCUGAACUAAAGAGCAAUGGCCCACAGAUACACCCCGUGGCCAACUCAGCCACAUCUCUCUCCUCUCUCCCUCUGCCCCCUCACUCUAUGGCCCACGAGUCUCAGCUGCACCUAAAGGGAGACCCCCAUUACUCUUUCAACCACCCGUUUUCCAUCAAUAAUUUAAUGUCCUCCUCGGAGCAACAACACAAACUGGACUUGAAAGCAUAUGAACAAGCGUUGCAAUAUUCAUCUUAUGGCUCAGGUAUGUCUUCCAGCCUGCCUCUCGGCAGCGCUUCUAUGGCUGGGAGAGCGAGCAUGGACCCCUCGGCUUUAGAGGCGUCUUACUACCAAGGUGUGUAUUCAAGGCCAGUUCUUAACACUUCUUAGUUUGGUCUUAUAAUUUACUGCACUCAACAAUUGCUGACAGAUAAACUUUAUUUUAUUUUUUUUUUUGCAUGCACCCUGUGCAUUAAAGACUGUUGCUUUAAAGUAUAAUAAUGUGUAUGUGUAUAAUAAAAUAUUGUAAAGUGUUUCCCUGAAUGAUUGUAUUACCCACCUUUAAAUAAUUGCUAGUGUAUUUAAAACGAUUUUGAGCUUGUAAAAUAAUGUACUCCCCUCAAACCAAUAUGUCCGAUGUGUUACAAUGUGUACAAAUGAAGGUCAGUUGUGGUCUUGUGGAAUGUGUGCUGCAGGUAAAAAGCAAAAUAACUGUCUCUUGCAGAUGUAUUUGGAUGUUGUCAUUUUACUUGUUGUUUUUGGGUUUUUAUUUACCUCGUUUGAUGAAAACAC